UGUUCUGGUUUCUUUCUCUUAUUAGGCGGUGUUUGGCGUUAGAUUUUGGCUUCAGGUCUUCAUUUCGGACUUUCGUCGAACACUCGAGCACAGAAAGAAUCAGAUCUAGCUAUUUUCCUCUCAAUCAUGGCGACUCCUGAUGUUCUUCAGAGGGAAGAAGACCUUUUUCUCUCUUCUCCUUUUCUUGAUCCUCGAAAGGGAGACAAUGCAAAAUCCCUUGACUUGUCAAUUGAGAAAAAGAUAGAGUUUCUCGAGAGCUUGGCUGGAAAGGUCAGCAACAGGCGGUCACGUAGGUGGUUAAACGAUCGCCUUUUGAUGGAACUAGUUCCUCGUUUGAAUGCAGAAGAAAUUAGAGGCCUAUUUGCUCCACCACCUUGGGGCGAUGAUGUGCCACCCUCGCCAUUUGCCAUGACUAAUGGGGGGGAGUGGGACAAAUUUAGGAACAUAGACAUGGACAGAGAGGCAGAUAUUAUGGGUGCUCUAAGGAGUUCUCCUGCAAAGAGGAAAGAUCAUGUUGAUUCCAAUAAGAUGGCUGUCUUGAACGCUUGGCGUAGAGUUGAUUGUCGAACGAGAGAGGCACUUCGGCGUAGCUCUCUUUUGGAACUCAUUGAGGGCUAUGAGGAGUGCAUACGGGCUUACAUUACUGAUAGUGGAGAAGAGGAAACUCUCAUCCUACGGGUCCAAGACCCUUUCCAUAGAUUGUUGCUGCAUGGUGUUUGUGAGUUCUACAAUUUGGCCUCUGUGACGGUUAAACAGUCCGAGGACGCCGAGUCUUCGAAGACAACCAGAAUAACAAAGAAGAAAAAGAGUCGUGUUGAGAUCCCAAGUAUUACUCUGUCCCAUUUCCUAAGAAUGUCCAAGGAAGGUGUUUGGUAAUUCCUUCGGGCAGGAGCUUCCACUCCGUGUUUACAUAGAAUAAAGUAGUGGAAUGCUGAUAAUUUAUGUAUUCUAUAAAAUAAUACAUUAGGCUGCCCUGCUGUUUGUCUUCAAUAAACCUUGUUUAUUAACCCGUAGGUUUAGGUUUGAAACGUUGUUGUAUGGUUAUGUAUUUUUAUUAUAGUCUCUUUCUAGUCAACAAAGAUGGUUGAUUUGAAGUUUAGGCUCAAUCACUAAUAAUUUCAAUGUCCAAUUCAUUUUUAUUUU